CCGGGCCGGGGAGCCUGGGCUAUAUUUGGUGGGAAUGCUACAGCCUUCUUGGAUCCCCAAAUCUCCAGCGGGCGUCAGCAGGCCGCCCGGAGAGAGGGACACGUGCGCUUCGGAAUGGUGCCAGGUUGGGGGAGGAAUGCCCUCGGGUCUCCUUUCAUCUUUUUACAUCUACCUUUACUACCGUCUUAAACUCAUUAACCCUCACCCAGCCACUACUAUUAGCUCAAACUAGACAUAUGAAAGUGGGAUUUCCCUACAGAAUGCGCUCGGUUUGCUCUAUUCCUCAUCCCGUAGGAAAACAAGGCACGCGGCCUCAGUUUUCUUACCUGAAAAGUGGGUUGACUAGGCGCCUGCCUGCCUGAAUGCUGGUCCAGUCAACAGACAGGCUCAAGUGCAAGGAAAGCCGUUAACUCUGGACUGCUGAUAAGUGCUUGGAAUCUGGGUGACCAGCAAGAGGGUCGCAGGGUCCCGGCGACAGGAACACUUUCUGUGACGAUCUGAGUCAGGGCAACAGAGUACUGUCUGGCAGCACACCAUUUGUGGAGAGAGACGAGUAGGCUGGACUGAACACAAAGGUCAGAGGCCGCCCUCGCUGCAGCUCAAUUCUUGGUGAGACCAGCCCUCCUGGCUAUGGGAGGAGCUGUGGUAGACGAGGGUCCCACCGGCAUCAAGGCCCCUGAUGGGGGCUGGGGCUGGGCUGUUCUCUUCGGCUGUUUCAUCAUCACCGGCUUCUCCUAUGCCUUCCCCAAGGCAGUCAGCGUCUUUUUCAAGGAGCUCAUGCAUGAGUUUGGGAUUGGCUACAGUGACACAGCCUGGAUCUCCUCCAUCCUGCUGGCUAUGCUGUAUGGGACAGGCCCGCUCUGCAGUGUGUGUGUGAACCGCUUUGGCUGCCGGCCUGUCAUGCUUGUGGGUGGCCUCUUUGCAUCCCUGGGAAUGGUGGCUGCCUCCUUCUGCAGAAGCAUUAUCCAGAUCUACCUCACCACAGGGGUCAUCACUGGCUUGGGUCUGGCUCUCAACUUCCAGCCCUCCCUCAUCAUGCUGAAUCGGUACUUCAACAAGCGUCGCCCUAUGGCCAAUGGGCUGGCAGCGGCAGGCAGUCCAGUGUUCCUUUGUGCACUGUCUCCACUGGGGCAGUUGCUCCAGGACCACUAUGGCUGGCGGGGUGGCUUCCUCAUCCUGGGGGGCCUGCUGCUCAACUGCUGUGUGUGUGCUGCGCUCAUGAGACCACUGGUGGCACCCCAGGCGGGUGGAGGGACCGAGCCCCGUGGACCCCAGCGGCCGUCUCAGCGCCUGCUAGACCUGAGUGUCUUCCGAGACCGUGGCUUCCUCAUCUAUGCUGUGGCUGCCUCAGUCAUGGUGCUAGGGCUCUUUGUGCCUCCGGUCUUUGUGGUGAGCUAUGCUAAGGAUAUGGGUGUGCCCGACACAAAGGCCGCCUUCCUUCUCACCAUCCUGGGCUUCAUCGACAUCUUUGCCAGGCCCACGGCUGGUUUCAUAACAGGGCUCAAGAAGGUGCGGCCCUACUCUGUCUACCUCUUCAGCUUUGCCAUGUUUUUCAAUGGCUUCACUGACCUGACAGGCUCCACGGCCAGUGACUAUGGUGGCCUGGUGGUCUUUUGCAUCUUCUUUGGCAUCUCGUAUGGCAUGGUGGGAGCGCUACAGUUUGAGGUGCUCAUGGCUAUUGUGGGUACUCAGAAGUUCUCCAGUGCCAUUGGUCUCGUGCUGCUGUUGGAGGCUGUGGCUGUGCUCAUCGGACCCCCGUCAGGAGGAAAGCUGCUGGACGCCACAAAAGUUUACAAGUAUGUGUUCAUCCUGGCGGGGGCUGAGGUGCUCACCUCCUCCCUUGUGCUGCUGCUGGGCAACUUCUUCUGCAUCGGGAAGAGGAAGAGGCCCGAGGUGACAAAGCCUGAGGAGGUGGCCUCAGAGGAGAAGCUCCAUAAGCCCCCUGUGGACGUGAGGGUGGACUCGAGGGAGGUAGAGCACUUCCUGAAGGCGGAGCCUGAGAAAAAUGGGGAGGUGGUUCAUACCCCGGAAACCAGCGUGUGAGCUGCCUGGCCGGGCGGGCGGGCGGGCAGGGAGCAGGGAAGAGGUCCAGAGACUGGCAACGCUCAUAUUUAUUUCACAAACAGGACCAGCUGAGGCGGGGCCAUCGGCUCAGCUCUUGGCUGCCUGGUCAGCGGGUCAGUGUUUUGCGGGGAGAGGUGGCGGGGUGGGAACCGCGUCAUUCCAAAGUGGAUCUGCGGUGAAGCCAAGGAAGCCCCACAGUUACCAGCCGCCUAUACCGGGGACCCAGCCUGCUGAGCCCAAGCAGCCUGUGGCUCCCCACCCCCACCCCCCACUGUGGCCAAGCACCUAGAAACCCACACUUAGGAGACAACACGACUUUAAUCAGAGGGCAGGGCUGGGACAGGCUGGCAGGUGGGCACUGCCUGCAGGGUCCUCCCUGAUCCCACCAUCCUUACCCCCAUCUCCAGCCCUAGUCUCCUACACUGCCAAUCAUCCAUCUCUGUCUAGGGGACAAAGAACUCCUUCUACCUGAGAAGGCAGAAGCAGACCUGUCUGUGGGAGGAGCAUCAAAGGGCCUGUCUCUAGGAGCUGUGUGGUUCUGGGCAGUGGUCUGUUCACUGAGUCCCACCUUUGUUAAAUAACAAACUGCCGAUUCUUACAAA